AUGGUUCAUCAAAUAGUUCAUACUGAAUCAAACGACUCUUUGGAUCACAAGGAACUGUCAGUUGAUGUCGAGAACUCGUCUGAUACGCAGCAGCUUGUAGAGUCUGAAUCGAAAGAUCCAUUACCAUCUACAAUUCCAACUGCUUCGACGAAGAUUUUGUUUCUUGAUGGCGUUCGAGGUUUGGCUGCCAUUCUUGUGGUAUGUCAACAUUCUGGUGAAUAUUUACAUGAUCUCGACCUUGGUGCAUGUGCUGUCGACACCUUCUUCGUCUUAUCUUCAUUUCUAUUGACGCUAUUGUUUUUAAAAAAGAGCAUACGGCUAUUUGCUCAGCAAGCAAGUUUUCGAACAUGGAGCUUAAGUCUACUUGAUUAUUUUCAAAAGCGAUUCUUUCGAGUGUAUCCCCUUUUUGCUACUGUAGCUCUUUUCAUUUGGAUCUUGCCUUCGGAAGAAAAGAAACGAUAUUAUCUUGUGAACGAUCGAGAUCACUUUGAUCUGUUCAAAGUCCUCACUUUUAGUUUUUCUCAUCGCUAUUUUGUCUUUUGGACAUUGCCAUUGGAGAUCUCGUACUACUUUUGUCUACCUGUUUUAGGAAUCGCUUUUCUUCAAUUAGGUCGCUUAUGGUGGGUACCUUUCCUUCCAUUGUAUGGAUGGAUCAUCUACGCGGGUUGGCAUCAACGUCGAUCGAGCCACUCUCCUUUGAUGCCUCAUUUCCCGACGUUUCUAGCUGGAUCUUUGGCUGCGGCUCUGUUUCUCAAGUUUGACAGGUGGAUGAGAACAGUUGGAUUUAAGUUCAGCAAGGUGCACAUUAUAGCAAUUCGAGCCGUCGAGUACGCUAUGAUUGCAAUCAUCUUGAGUGUCUGUUUCCGACGAAAUUCGAAUCCUGAUCAACCUACUCAACCGACCAUGAUAUUUCAUUGGGUACAGCAGGAAGAGAAGAAUUUAAAAGGAUUUCCAUUUAUCAGUCUCCCUUUAACAAUAUUCAUUGUGAUUGAGAUGCUGCUACCGUCUUGUUUCUCUGGUAUCUUUGAGUGGAAUGUGCUACGAUACUGGGGUAAAAUCAGCUUUUCGGUGUACUUGCUUCAUAGUUUUAUAGUCCGUAGUGACAUUUACGGCAAAGAUCCAAGUUUGUACUACGAUCGACUCUUCGCACGCUUUGGUCUCAUUCUCAUACUCUGUACGGCUUCCUACCAUCUUGUCGAAUACCCGUCACAAUUACUAGCACAGCAUAUUACUCGUAUGCUUAACGCACAAGAAUCAAAAGGCCUCGGAUCUUCACCUCAUCGGCUUUCAUUUGAUGCCAAACAUGGUCGAUUUCGAGCUCCAAAUACUAUUCAGAGUGCCUAG